CUUCGUGUUCGAGUGCCCCUUCGUGCACGUCUGGAAGAUCGCGGAGACUCACACCUUAUCGUCAUCUCUGGCUGGCCUAUCGCUCCCAUUAACCUCACUAUUGAAUGGAGCGGUGAAACUGAAACACAAAUUCUCUCUGAUGAUAAGGCGGUCACCUUCUUCAACAAUCUUGUUGUACGCCCUGAUAAAGGUCAAUCACUCUUCUAUCGUCGCGUUUUCUCUGUGUUUGCUUUGGCAUGUUCAACAUGUCCUGUCGAUCAUCCUGCUGGGAAUUACUCGUUUAAUAUUUGUUCUGCACAUAACUGCUUUCGGCUGCACAAUUAUAUCCAACAUGUUGGAAAUCAUACAAUCUGGACGGGUAGCCUCAUUCAAUGGCCAACGGUGGUACCGGUUGCACUGUUUUUUCUUAUGGUGCCAAUAUUUCUAUUGCUUCUUCUUCGAGCUAGCGUUUUGCGAAGCUGUCGUGCAAAGAUAAACCUCAUGCGAAAACGUGCCAUGCAAGAGAGGAUUGAGUCACGAAGAACUAGCCGAGUGACUGAAGAAACCCUGCUAAGACUUGAGGAACGCUCUUCACUGUCAUCAUCUGACUAUUCCGGUCAAAUCAUUCCAUUCAUUGAGUUAGGCACCAUUCGAAUACACGAAUGUAUUGGGAAGGGUGCAUUUGGCGAAGUUUACUGCGGCUCAUGGGAGAAAACUGGUGAGCGAUCAGUGGCAAUAAAAUCUAUGAAAGCAGACGAAGACGUUGAGAAAGAG